ACUAUAUUCGAUUAUGAUAUUCGUCUCUAAUCUUUAUUCAUCUAUGAUUAUUUACUUCAUUUGUAGUUAAGACGUGUCGUUUUCAUUUAAUAAUUUAAUAGUUGGUUAAUAUGAUUAAGAAAAACACGUGUGCUUGAUAUCCGCGUAUUGACAUUAAAGUGAGAAUAUUCCGUGAUUCAGAUUAAAUAUGAGUGAAAGCAUUAAUGAAAGUACUGAGGAAAAACAGAAUGAAGAAGAGAAUGCAGUGGUUACGUGGAAAGAUCUGGGAAUAGUAGAAAUAUUAUGUAAAGCAUGUGAUGAUUUAAAGUGGGAGAAGCCAACUAAAAUUCAAAAAGAGGCAAUUCCUUUGACUCUUCAAGGUAAAGAUGUAAUAGGUCUAGCGGAAACAGGGUCUGGUAAAACAGCAGCUUUCGCACUUCCUAUAAUACAAGCAUUAUUAGAAAGUCCUCAAAGAUAUUUCGCUUUAAUUUUAACACCUACCAGGGAAUUAGCAUUUCAAAUUUCAGAACAAUUUGAAGCAUUAGGUUCAAGUGUAGGUGUAAAAUGUGCUGUAAUUGUUGGUGGUAUGGACAUGGUAUCGCAGGCUCUUGUAUUAGCCAAAAAACCACAUAUAAUUAUUGCUACACCUGGAAGAUUAGUUGAUCAUUUAGAAAAUACUAAAGGUUUCAAUUUACGUUCUUUAAAAUUCCUGGUAAUGGAUGAAGCGGAUCGUAUUUUAAAUAUGGACUUUGAAGUUGAGGUUGAUAAAAUUUUAAAAGUUAUUCCACGCGAAAGGCGAACUCUAUUAUUCUCAGCCACAAUGACAAAAAAAGUACAAAAGUUGCAGCGAGCUUCUUUGCGCAAUCCAGUUAAGGUUGAAGUAUCUACAAAAUAUCAAACGGUUGAUAAGUUGCAACAAUAUUAUAUAUUUAUACCAGUCAAAUUCAAGGACGUAUAUUUAGUACAUAUCUUAAACGAAUUAGCUGGUAAUAGUUUUAUGAUAUUUUGUGCAACUUGCAAUAAUACGGUAAGAACAGCAUUACUAUUACGUAAUUUAGGAUUUACAGCUGUUCCUUUGCACGGACAAAUGUCACAAAAUAAACGGAUUGCAGCCCUUACAAAAUUUAAAGCUAAAAAUAGAUCUAUACUUAUCUCUACAGAUGUUGCUAGUAGAGGUCUUGAUAUCCCCCAUGUUGAUAUUGUAAUAAAUUUUGAUAUUCCUACUCACAGUAAAGAUUAUAUACAUAGAGUUGGUCGAACUGCACGUGCAGGUCGUUCAGGACGUUCAAUUACAUUUGUAACGCAAUAUGAUGUUGAACUUUAUCAGAGAAUUGAACAAUUAAUUUCUAAACAGCUUCCUUUAUAUGAAACAGAAGAACAAGAAGUAAUGCUACUACAAGAACGAGUAGCAGAAGCUCACCGUAUCGUAAAAACGGAAUUGAAAGAAAUAGAGGAUAAAAAGUCCGGUAAGCGAAAAAAACAUGCAGAUGCAGAUGAGGAUGACACAGAGCAAUCAUUUGGAGUUAGAAAAAGAAUAAAAGGAAAAGGAAAGGGAAAAGGAAAACGAUUUUGAAAGAAUAAGUGUAACAGUAUGGUGGAAAUGAGCUUCCUGAUGCGUUUAUCACUUACCAUCACGCGAAUUUCAAUGUACAAGAAUAUUUUGGGAUAAACUGCGAUAAAGAUUAUGCAGAAUAAAUGUAAGCAUAAGUAAAAAGCUAAGAAAUAAGGAGAAUCUUUAUAAUACUGAGAAAAUUAGCAUUGCAUUAUAAUGAUUUUAAGUCUUUUCACAGAGCGAAUAUUAUUUAUCUCUCGCUCGAAUAAUCACAAUAAAAUAUGUAAUAAAAAUCACAACUUUUACCAUUGCCAUUUAUCAUCUGCAAUUAAUCUGUUAGGUGAAAUUAAUGAAGCACCGAGGCAAAACGUGUUAUUAUAUAGUCAACAUGUCUACUUGCACGCUUUGAAUAAAAUAUAAAGUAAGAUUGAUAAAGCAGAAUCCUGUUUAUAAAAAAAUGCAAGCUAAAGAAAAUCUUGUAUAUAGAUAAAUAGAAAACUAUUUAAAAGAUAAUAUGAACAUUAUGUAUAAUGAACACAGCAAACUAUUGCAAAAUUGAUUGAUAAAUUUCUCUCCAAGUUUCUCUUAAAAUGAUCAAUACAACUCUACGUUUGUUUUAAGAUAAAGAUUAAGGGAACAGUUAAUGUUCCACCAAAUAUUUAUAAUUACAGUGAUUUCUAAAAUCUAAUAAAUUGUUAUUAAUUGUAUAAAGUGGUAAUAAAUCCUUUAGUCUUUGAA